CGUCGGUCCAGCAGGUGCAGUUUUUUUUCUUCCACCCAGCGGUCCUUUCUUCAACGCGCGCAACCACCUGGCUACCUUACAUUUCUCUAGCCAGCCAAAUUGUGUCUUCUUUUGGCCAAAAUGGCAAACACAGUGGCUAAGGAAGAGGUGGACUACACCAUCAAGCCGGAGGCCGGCUCCAGCAACAUUAACACAGCAGACUGGCCUCUUCUGCUCAAGAACUACGAUAAGCUUCUUGUCAGAACCGGUCACUUUACCCCGAUUCCCGCCGGUUGCUCGCCUCUCAAGCGUGACUUGAAGUCCUACGUCAAUUCCGGUGUGAUUAACCUGGACAAGCCUUCCAACCCAUCCAGUCAUGAGGUUGUCGCGUGGAUGAAGAGGAUCUUGAGGGCCGACAAGACCGGCCACAGUGGUACCCUCGACCCGAAGGUCACCGGAUGCUUGAUCGUUUGUGUCGACCGUGCGACUCGUUUGGUCAAGUCGCAACAAGGCGCCGGAAAGGAAUAUGUUUGCGUUAUCCGUCUCCACGACAAGAUCCCCGGUGGCGAGGCCCAGUUCAGACGUGCUUUGGAGACCUUGACCGGUGCUCUCUUCCAGCGGCCGCCUCUUAUCUCGGCUGUCAAGCGCCAGCUUCGUAUCAGAACCAUCCACGAGAGCAAGCUUUUCGAGUUCGACAAUGAUAGACACCUUGGUGUUUUCUGGGUCAGCUGCGAGGCAGGAACUUACAUUCGUACCUUGUGUGUCCAUCUCGGUCUUCUUCUCGGCGUCGGUGCGCACAUGCAGGAGCUCCGUCGUGUGCGCAGUGGAGCUAUGGACGAGAACAAGGGCAUGGUCACUUUGCACGAUGUUAUGGAUGCGCAGUGGCUGUAUGACAACCAGCGCGACGAAUCGUAUCUGCGCAGGGUCAUCAGUCCCCUUGAGAGUCUUCUCACGACCUACAAGCGUAUUGUCGUCAAGGACAGCGCUGUUAACGCCGUCUGCUACGGUGCAAAGCUCAUGAUUCCUGGUCUCCUCCGUUUCGAGGCUGGCAUUGAUGCCCACGAGGAGGUUGUCCUUAUGACCACCAAGGGUGAGGCUAUUGCCAUUGGUAUUUCCCAGAUGUCGACCGUCGAGCUGUCCACCUGCGACCACGGUGUUGUUGCCAAGGUCAAGCGCUGUAUCAUGGAGCGUGACCUCUACCCCCGCAGAUGGGGUCUGGGUCCUGUGGCCUUGGAGAAGAAGAAACUCAAGUCUUCUGGCAAGUUGGACAAAUAUGGCCGAACCAACGAGGCUACUCCCGCCCAGUGGAAGAGCGACUACAAGGAUUACAACGUGGCUGAGGAUGAUUCCUCUGCCCAGCCUCAAGCUUCCGCCCAGCCCGCCGCUGAACCUGCGCCGAAGGACGAACCGGCGGAAGAGCCAUCUUCCCCGAACAAGAUGGAAGUCGACGACGACAAGGACGAUGAGAAGAAGCGCAAGAGACACGAUGGAGAAACUCCAGAGGAGCGAGCGGAGCGCAAGCGCAAGAAGAAGGAGAAGAAGGAGAAAAAAGAGCGGAGAAAGUCCAAGCAGCAGGAGGAUAGUGACAGCGACUAAACGUCUUCAGGGAAGUCCGUUGCCCGGCUCUAAUGG